CCCACCAGUGGCAUGGAACAACCGGGCAGGUGGCGGCGGGCGUGGAGCCAGUCAUGGGAACGGACAGAUGCAGGCACUCGGCGGCGGCGGCGGCGGUCACUCGCGCACGGGACAGCGGACAUGGCGCGACUGGCUCUGCUGCUGCUCAGCUGUGCCCUCCUGAUGGGGAGCGGCUCGGCAUCCCGCCUGGCGCCCGCCCUCGAGGAACUCACGACGCAGUACUGGGAAUGGAGGAUCCUUGACGCGCCCGAAUACGCCUCUUUCGUGGGCAUCCACGAGCACGACCACUUCUUGGACGACAUGUCUCUGGAGGCAUAUCAGCGGCGCCUCAACCAAUCACUGGCCUUCUUGGGUCAAGCUGAGGCCCUGGAGGACGAGCUUACGGAGCGAGUGGAUCUGGUCAACCUCAAGAUCCUGAAGAGGGAGCUGGAAACCUACAUCACAGGGUUUCCUUUCAAGGGCUUCGUGUUGCCGCUGUGCUACAUGGAGGGAAUCCACACCGACUUCGAGAGGCUUAUCAGCUGGAUGGUCUUUGAGACGACGGAGGACUUCCAGAAGCUCCUCUCUCGCUUCGAAAAUCUCCCGCGGCAGCUGCAGCAGAUUCAGCAGUUGAUGGAGGAAGGUGUGGCCGCCGGGAUAGUCAACCACGCCAUCUCCAUGAAAGGCGUAGCCGAGAGCCUGGGGAGGUUCGUGGUGUCCCAGGCAGAGGACUCGCCGCUGUGGGAAAGAUUCACGUCCUUCCCCGACUCCUUCACGCAAGAGGAGAUCACGGCUCUGCAGGACCAGGCGAGGCAGCUCAUUCUGAACGAGAUUUCCCCCGCCUUCGAAGUCCUGCAAGAGUACGUGCAGAGCGAGUACACGACCAGACCCGAGAUCGCCGUCACCAGCCUCCCCGACGGCGAGGAACGCUACGCUCAGCUGCUCAGGUUCCACACCUCGACCAGUCUGACAGCGAGCGAAAUUCACCAGUUGGGUCUAGACGAAGUUGCUCGCAUCGAGGGGGAGAUGGCCAAAAUCGUGGAGGAGCUGGGAUACGACAUGACAGUUCCCGAGUUCUCCGCCAUGAUUCGUAAUGACUCCCGCUUUUACUACGACAAUGCAGACGACCUUCUAGCAGGGUUCCAGGACCUUGCAUACAACGUGAUUCCUCCGAAGAUUCCCCUACUCUUCACUAACAUCCCUACCGCCGAGUUACAGGUCGUUGCUGAUCCAUCUCCUGACGGCGUGGGAGCCUACUACUUGGCUGGAGCUUAUGACGGAUCCCGGCCCGGCAUCUUCUACGUCAACACUUACCACUACGAUGCUCAACCCAAGUACGCGAUGAUGACGCUGUCUCUGCACGAGGGCAACCCCGGCCACCACCUGCAGGGCUCGCACAGCAUCGAGUCCACCAACAUGCCCUUCUUCAGGCGAGCCAUGGAGGACCGCAACUACUUUCAGGCGCCGUCGAGGUUCCCCAUGAACACCGCCUACACCGAGGGAUGGGGACUCUACUCCGAGAGCCUUGGCUUUGACCUGGAACUCUUCGGGGACCCCUACGACAGGUACGGCCAUUACUCGGACGAGAUCUUCCGCGCCUGCCGCCUGGUGGUGGACACGGGCAUGCACGACCGCGCCCUGGGCUGGACGCGCCAGGAGGCCAUCGACUUCAUGUUCAGCCACACAGCCAUGUCGCUGGUGGACGUCGAGAACGAGAUCGACCGCUACAUCACGUGGCCGGGCCAGGCCGUGUCCUACAAGGUCGGCCAGCUCAAGAUCUCCGAGCUGAAGGCGAAGGCGUCGAGUGAGCUCGGCGAGGCCUUCGACGUCAAGAAGUUCCACGACAUCGUCCUCGAGUCCGUCGGGCCGCUCGACGUCGUCGAGGAGGAGAUCGACGCCUGGGUCGCGGCCGGCGGGGGGCCGUAGCGACGGAGGCGAAGGAGAAGGCGGAAGGCGAGGCGCGUGAGGCCCCGUGGCCUUUUAUGAAGAGUAAAGACAAAAGCAGGA